CCCCAUCGGGCGGUCGGGGCACAUUUUUAAUCAGUGUCUAACUCACCCUGGCUAGAAGCAGUGUGUUUUUGGUUACGCUUGUCGAUCGUCCUGGCAGAUACGAACCACCGAAGUGUUGACAAAUGCUAUUUUAAACCGAAGUGCUGAAACCAUAACGGCUGGAUGAGUGGGCCAAUCUUCACCUCCCCCUCUGCAGAGGUGGCUGAGAUGAACCGCAUCCAUUAUGAGUUGGAGUACACAGAGGGUAUCAGCCAGCGGAUGAGAAUCCCUGAGACCCUCAAGGUGGCCCCAGACACCCAAACAGCUCCCCUGCCACUUCAGCAGCCCCUGCCCAGUCACACAACACUGAUGCAGGUUCCUGAAAGGAUAGUUGUUGCAGGUGAUGAUGGGGAUCCACAUUUUGUUCGUCCAAGUGAUUUAGAUCUGAUUCAGUCUGUCCCCCCUGUGGAUCUCCUGAACAUGAAGGCCCCACCACGUGUCCUCACCCUUACAGAGCAGCCUCUGGACUCUCUUGAAACUGACCAAACCUCUGCACAGCACAAUCCCAGCCAGGUGGCCCACAUUCAUUCUAGGUCUCGGAGGGAACGCAGUGCUAGUGAGAACAUAUCAAGUCGUCAAAGUCAGAUCAGCAGAUGUGAUUUAAGUGUAACCCCUUCCCCUUCUGCCCCCCCGGUCCGCAUGUGCCCCCCUCUUUGCUCCCCUGAGGAUGCAAACCUCAACUUGUUUACAGCUGCAGGGUUCCUGUCUUACAUCCAGGCAACAACACGCAGAGCGUACCAGCAGGUUCUUGAAGUCCUGGACGAUAGCCACCGCAGGUCUGUAACUCUUUCAAGGACUCACUUGGACUUGGCACUGGAUGUAAACCCUGAUGAAUCAGGCUUAGUGGAUGCCUCCUCACUACGGCGACAGAUAGUGAAGCUAAAUCGUCGUCUGCAGCUGCUGGAGGAAGAAAACAAGGAGCGCUCCAAGCGAGAGGUAUUCCUGUAUUCUGCUACUGUGGCGUUCUGGCUUAUCAACACCUGGAUCUGGUUCCGUCGCUAAGAUGGGAUAACACUGUGUCUCCCAAAACAUUGGAAGCCAAAGCAAUUCCUAAAACACUGCAACCAUUUAAAGUAUGAGGGUUUGCACACAUCUACAGACAACCACAGGAAUAACUAAAUUCCAGCAACAGCUUUAGUUGGAUGAUCUGAGGAUAUAUAUGUUGUAGCCAGAUAUCUUUAAUAUACUACAACUACAACACUGGUUGUUGUCAAUUUCCAAAUCACAAUGUAAGUUUGAAACUUUUCCCACUUACUGCUCUGAUGUUCAUUGGGGUUUAGGUUAAAGUAAAUAUAGACUAAGCUAUGAAUCUGCAAUGACUGGGAUUGUUACAGACAUGUCAUGGUUGUCACAGAUCUAGAAAGCUGAUUGCACUUUUAACCUUACUUACAAUGUAGUUAUCUUUCAACUUGGUGAUAAGUAACUUGUAGUCUCUGGAGAACAAUGAUGGGAUAGGGAAAUAGGGAUUCACUUUAGCAACAAAUCUUUUGGGAACGCAGUCUAGGUUGAAAACUGAGCUUCUGAAAUGAAGCUCAGGAUGAUCGGUAAAUUCUUGACUAAUUCUAGCAAUGCCAUAAGAUUUACCCAGAAUGUCUUGAGUUUUUUUAUUAUCCGAAACAUUUGUGUAUAGCAUCUAUAGUUGAAAUUCAGUGUUUUUACAUCUUGAGCAGUCACAUGACCAGUAAUUGUGAUAUUGUUGAUGAGAUUGCAGCAGAAACAUUAAGCUUAAUAAUGAGGGUAUUUGUGAACUGAUGGCGUUUACCCAUGCUGUUAAUUCAGUUGAAGCUUCCACUUCCACAGAAUUGUACCACUCAUUGUUUUACAACAGCAGUUCCAUUCAAUGCUCAAAGCAUGGGCUGAUGUGAUUGCAUUCAUUGUAGAGUGUGUGACAAAUCAUACAGCUGCUGUGUGAACAUCUGUACUUGAUUGGUAAUGGUUUAUUACAUACCGAGAUGCACACAAUGUUGCUGUCAUCAUUUUCUGUUAAACACUGUAUUAAAGCUAUUUAAGUUGAAUAUUUAUUUUCUUUGAAAUGUAUAAAUCCAUUGAGUGUUUGUAAAUAUCUUGCUGUAAUAAAUGAUGUAUGUUAAUAA